AUGGAGGCACAACAGCGGACCAAGACCAACCAGCGCCCCAGACGGCUUCGAGCACAUCUGUCCUGUUCGGAAUGCCGUCGUCGUAAGAUCCGAUGCAGCAAGGAAAAACCAUGCCUGCAAUGUGUCGAGGGCGGUCGUCUCGCUGCAUGUCAGUAUGACGAUGCCCAAUCUUCUAGGAGGGUGAAGAUCCCAGGCCAGCUUGUUUUUGAGGUUCUCCCGGGACAUGGGCAGCCGCCACAAUCGGCAACAGCCGGAACAGCUCGACCGGCGAAUAGCGGUGACCGGACUCGAGAUCGUGAAGGGGUCGAACCCGAAGAUGUCAUUCCGCCUUUGCGGCAGUUCUGGCAUGGGAGCAGGGCGGGAGACAAGUACACCUCGCCCUUCGAUGGCCGGACCCUAACGGUGCCCAAGGAGGUCAUCUUUGGCGCGGAUCAUGCUACUGUGUUCUGGGGGAGGACCCACGAGACCAACUUUGUGCCUCGCAUCACAGAUAUGACUACCAUGCUGCUCAGGUCAGGCGAAGACAACGACAUCACGACGUUGUUAGAAGUAGAGCAACGCACACGGCCGAAUGAGCAGCCGGCCCCCGGGAUGGAUCCAGAGCUGCUGGCACUGGUACCGUCACGCCCGACAGCAUACCGUCUGUGGCAGAUCUACAAAGAACAUUUCAAUUCGUAUUAUCAGGUGCUUCAACUGCCGACUUUUGAACAGGAGUACCUCCACUUCUGGGCGACCCAGACAGGCCCGCGGCACUUCCUCCCUCAGCUUCUCAGCAUAUGCGCGAUAGCAUCGUGUUUCACCGACCAGGACCGCCUUCAGAGAGAAGCACAGGUGCGCACAUGGAUCGAGGCUGUCAGGCUAUGGCUGUUCAAGGCGGACCCCAGGGCCCAAAUGACGCUUGGGUUCCUGCAGGCUCACCUGCUGAUGCUGAUCGCUGGUGACGUGCACUGGAUGAAAAUUGACCGGAGCUGGAUCUCGUCUGGAACCCUUGUGCGCAACGCCAUCUCGGCCGGUCUACACCGUGAGCCCAGGGACUUCUUUCGUGUCUCGCCCUUUUAUGCUGAGCUUCGUCGUAAGCUGUGGUACGCAAUCAUGGAGUACGACCUCAUGACUUGCUUUGCAAAAGGUCGAAUUCCUUCUGUCAGGGACGAUGAGUAUGACUGCGGGCCUCCAGAAGUCGCCUGGGAAGAAUUUACUCCAGGCCUCGAGUCAGGUAUCAACACCCGUAUGACAGUGAAACCUGAACAAGAGACAUAUCUUCUCCUGGCCAAGUUCCUGCCGCUGCGGACUCGUGUCUGCUAUGCUGUCAACAAGAUUCAGCUUGAGAUUGGAUACGACGAGGUCCUCAGGCUCGACGCUGAGCUGAGACUCUUUGUCCGCCGAAUGUCCUCUGCAGAUCCCAAGAAGCCAAGCAAGUUCAGCCAAACGCUAUCUUCGAUUCUGAGCCAGCGCGCCAUCAUCGCCCUGCAUGCUCCAUUUGUGAUUAGAGCCCUCCAGGAUCCAAAAUGGGCCUACUCGCGGACCCGCUGUCUCGAGACGGCAGCAUCCAUCCUUUCCUCGGCCCUGUCCCUCCUCGAUAAUGUUUCCUUGGGCGGAGACUGCGGCCCUUUCGCCACCAUCAACAACAUAUGCAGGUGUGAGGUCUCCAACAGCGUGUUUCUCAUCUGUCACGAGCUCCUUGCGCGAGCUGUUGAGCAGCGCGGGCUGGGAAAGUAUCCGUCUCCGUCAUCUCUUGGCCUGUGGGAUCUGCAGGAGGGUCAGAAACUGGCCGACCUGGUGAAAAGGACGUCAGAGGCGCUCGAACGGGUGUCAAAGCCUGACCUUGUGAGCCAGCGGACUUGUGGCGAAGCACCUGAGGAUGCCGGCGCCCUGGAUGAAGAUUACUUUCACCUCUUUUUCGACAUGAAUGAUCUAGGGGCUUUCGAUUGA